UUAUCACUGGAAAAUGCGUCGCAUGAAUAACCUAGUUACGCUUUUUACGGCUAUAACAGCGUUCUUUUUUGGUAGUUUUAUUACACGCAUUUUAACCACCGUUGACAAAUGUCCGGCACACCGCAGCGGCGUUAUCAAACUUGAGCCACAUCCAGAUCUAUUUUUAGUGAUACUGGUGUUGAGUGCACCAGACAAUGCUGAGUUACGGCAAAGCAUGCGCGAUACUUGGUUGAGACUAGGGCAGCCACUAAACCAACCCUAUUUUCCCGAGGAGCAUAUCUACCUGCCCAGGUACAGUGGAGCCGGCGGACAUUUGCAAAUGGAAACGGUUGCAACGCAGGAGCAGCGCCUGAUGCACUACAUAAAGUGGCAACAGGAACUGACACAGAUGGACCAACCACGUGUGCAUCGCAACAUCAAAUUGAAGCAUUUAUUUGCCAUCGGAACACAGCGAUUGAACGGCAUAUUGCGCGGCGAAUUGGAGCGUGAGCAGCAGCAGCAUAAGGAUUUACUGUUGCUACCACGCCUGCACGAUGACUAUCUGAAUCUGACAGAGAAGCUGAUUCAGUCGCUUGAUGCGCUCACACGUUUUUACGACUUCUCCUAUUUGCUUAAGGUGGACGAUGACACCUAUGUAAAGCUGGACAAUCUGCUUAACGAGCUCGUCUCCUACGACCGAAAGCUCUUAAGAAACAGAGCGGACUAUGGGCAUGACCCGCAGCCUGAGCUCUAUUGGGGAUAUUUCAAUGGGCGAGCUACCAUCAAGACCAAAGGACGUUGGCGUGAGCCCAAUUAUUAUUUAAGCAAGAAUUACAUCAACUAUGCCCUGGGCGGCGGCUAUGUUCUCUCCCGUAAACUAUGCGAGCAUGUAGCCAACCAUUCCGAUCUAUUGUCAACCUAUGUCUCCGAAGACGCUUCCCUGGGCACCUGGUUGGCGCCACUACGUCAUGUUUAUCGCUGGCAUGAUCCACGCUUCGAUACUGCCUACACGCCGAGCAAGUGUCAUCCCUAUCAUCUGGUGCUGCACAAGCGCAAUGGGCGCCACAUGGAUGAUUUAUAUGCAAACAAAUUGUGCACCCAUGAGAUACCCGGCCAGCGGGUAUUUGUUUCCUAUUAUUAUGAUUGGACAAAGCCUGCAGACAAAUGCUGCGAUACCAUUGUAACUUAAUUGAACACAAUUAAGUGAUCCAUUGCCAAAGUUAGAAAUUAAGUUUUACAAUUUUAAGAUAUUUAUACAGGACUUAAUAUGUAAAUAAAUUGCUCCUGUGGCAGCAGUAUUA